AUGCGAACUCCCGUUGGCGUGUACGGGUAUACAGCACUUUCUCCUGAGUUCACCACAUCCAGUGGUGAAAGACAAAGCUUCUGUCUGUCAUUUUUCCUCUUCAACUUUAUUAUUGACGUGCUGCUUGAAAUUGGUCUGCCUAUCUCCGGAACUUCGGGGGUCCAAAUAUUCCUGGGACGUUCGCCCACAGACAUUGAGUAUGCGGACAAUAUUGUUCCCCAUGGUUCAGAUCCUUCAAAACGUAACGUAAAUAAGUCUGCCUCAUGGUUCGGCGUGCGCUUCACAUCUACAAACGCUCUGCAUGAAUCGGAAGUAUUGAGCGCGAAUUUCACGCUUGCAAGUGAGCUAAUCGACGUAGUAGAUAAAUUUGACCAUCUAGGCACUUGUAUUUUUUCCGAUGGACUUGUGAGAGUUGAGAUUACUUCUGCAAUGGGGAUGUUUAGCACACCCAACCGACCAGUCAGUGGCAUUCGUUCAUCAAAGGUAUCGCGUUCAAUGCGUAUCUACACUAUUCUCGAACUAACUAGGCAUGCCAUCGCAUCCAGUGCUUGGCCGGAUGUCUCUCACUCUCCCAGUUUCCAGUGGUCAAAUCUCUGUGGCACCUUUUCGGCGCCUAACUGCCAUGCUACCCGGAGGCUGCACGAGGGCUGGGAUACUGUCAGGUUGCCCAUGCCUAGACAGGGGAGUUCCAGAGGCAGAGGUCGGGUUCGAACCAUGGACAUUCUGUCAUCCGCUAGCCCGCACGCCAGUGACCUUCGAUCACCAGACCCACACUCGUUCAGCUGCAGUCGCUGCUGUUCCUGGGACUCUGUACCAGACUCACGACGGCGAUCCAUUUCAUCAUCCACAACAACUCCUUUAGCAGCUAGUUUUACGGGCACCAGCCCGAAACACGCCUUGGACACCUUGGAGAGGUUGGUUCGACCUUACUUACGACAGCACAACGUCUCACAAUCGUCAGCAGGUCUGGAAGACUUGACAAGUUCAGCCAAUUGCAAUUACCUGACCAAUGCGUUCAAAUAUCUACUGUCUCGUUUGCUUCUUCUCCCGAUCUUCCAGUUCCUGUAUUUACAUGAAUUGAUAAAGACUCUUCAUCAACUUACCUAUGACGAAGAGGAUCGUGCUAGACUGAACGAAGUCCUCAGCAUGUUGACGAAGACGCGCUCUAGCGUGGAACGUGAUCUCUCGAAGCAUCCUUGGGUGUGCUUGCAAUUGACACGUCUGAUUUCUACCGGUCAUCUCGGCGGACAAUUUCGCUCCCUGUACAUGGAUCUUCUCGCCGGACCUAAUACCCCGCCUAGUCCAAUUAACCGCAACAUUCCAUCCUCUCCAUCGAAUGCGACAGGCUCGAACGGACAUUCAUCACCCGGUGUGACUGGUACUCAAAGUUUUCAUAUAUUUGGUUUCCCUGCUACGUCUACUUCCACAGAUUCGAUUCCGAGUCAGCAGUGUGUAAAGGCGGACGAAAUUGAGCGCCUUCUGGGAGGAAGAGAAAAGUUGCUAUCCAGUACUUCUGGUAAAAGUAUCAUGGGAGAUUUCGUUCUUGAAGGAAGGAUCCACCUAAUGACGGAAAGCAAACGAUCUUCCGUCGAGCAGAUAGCCUAUUUAUUUACUGGGAUUUUGUUCAUUUGCAAGUGGCAGGAGCGUCGGUCGGCCCUUAAUCCUGGGUCGGGUCAACUCCAGUUACUUCGUGUCAAACAUCGGAUUCCCUUAGAUGCUAUUCAUGUGAACGACAUCCCUCCGUUGGUCCAACCAAAUUUGCCCGCUCACGUCGGCAACAGUGGAACAAUUACUUCAUCUGCUGUGGGUGCAGCAGUUUUGGCAGCUGCUUCUGCUGGUCAUGGAGCUGUGCAACAUAUGGCAGUUGGAAUGGCACAUCCUGAGUUCCCAAACAGCUCCAUUAGCAAUCUCAUUGUUUCUGGAAUGAAUGGCUCCAUCACAAGUCAAGCGAGUUUGGCUACGAUUGGUGGACACGGGCUGGCAGCAUAUCCAUAUACAUUUGAGUUGGAGUUUGUCAGCUCUCCGCUUGCCGCUACUUUACAAAGCGCCGGGGGUAUAGCCGUGGAAAACCGUCCUUGUUGUCAACACUCCCGUCAGUUGAGCCCUUCGAAAUACAACAAUACAACGUCUUCUGGUGUGGAUGCUGAUGACCUUGUGCCAAACUCAGAGUGUUCAGCGACCGCGAAUACAGCUUUAACCUGCAGUUGCUUCCCUUCCGGUUCCCAGGUUCGUCGCAUUUGGCUUGCCUUUCGAACACCAGAAGAGAAGGCUGAUUGGAUGGCCAGUUUGCUGAGUAUCCAAUGGCAUCGGUUCGCUCAACCGGAUACAUCGGAAAACGUUGUGUUUGACAACCCAUCGUCUCUGAAUCCUAAUGAGAAUGUGUGCAAGUUUCCGGAUUCAUUGGACUCAUCGGAAGAAGGAAUCGAUGGUGACGAUGAGGUUUUGAGCGAGGCGGAGGAUUUCUUAGAUAAUUCCACUUCGGCGGCAUCCGCUCAGUCCACUAGUCAGUUAGGGAAUCCGAAUGAAGAUAAAAACCCUCCAAACCUUACGACAAUAACAGUUACGUCAAUGACUCAUCCUGGACCGUCGCACCCUUUCGGGGGUUACGCCACUGUUUCUCCGCGAACGAAUUCUGCGGGAUAUUCACCACUAUUGCACCCGCAAAUUCGAAUGGCCACACUGGAAAAAUUGAUUGAACGGUUGACUUAUCCUACCUAUUUCGAUGUACGACUCGUCAAUACAUUUUUGUUGGCAUAUCGCCGUGUGACCACUCCUGAAACGUUUCUGGAGAUGUUGAUCGAACGAUUUCGUGUCCCUGACCCGGAGUUUUUGCCAGAGGAAUUCGAAUUCGACGAAAGCAAAGGGCAAUUGGAGUCCCCUGCCCAACAUAUGUUGAAACGUUUCCGAUCAGGGUACAAAAAACGGGUUCAGACUCGAGUUCUUAUGGUACUUUCCCGAUGGGUUCGAAGCCAGCGCUAUUUUCAGAACGAUUUUCUUCCAAAUCACGAUUUGCGCCGUCGACUUUCUGAGUUCUUGGCUUCCAUACAGGUCCGACAUUUGAGCGCGUGCGUACGUCGAAUUCAGCAGUAUUUGCAGACACAUGCUCAGGAAUCCCCUCCUGACCUAGCUUCAGAUACAAAUGUUCCCCGUUUGACUCUGGAAGGUUACACCGAGGUGACUAUCCGUAGAGCUGGAUCACUGUCCAGCCCCGUUCGUUCAACCACGGAUUCCUCUACCGAAUCUACUGGAUUGGACAUUACUGCUAUCCAUCCGUAUCGUCUUGCAGAGCAAGUGACACUGUAUGAAUGGGAAUUGUAUCGAGCGGUCCAAUUCUGGGAAGUUGAAGGACGUGAUCGUGUUGGCAAUUCUACUCCGAAUUUAGACCGAUCCAAGAGUUUCGUAACUGGUUGGUUUAUGCAUUCUGGCUGNGAUCGAUGCGUCGCAAUUAAACGUGUGAUUGACCUCAUGUUGAUCAUGGAGAGAAUGAAUAACCUACAAGGUAGUCAAGAAGCCAAAUCUGCCUUAAUCAGCGCUUCGGUUUUUCGGUUGCGGCGAUCUUUCGAGGCCAUCGAGCGAAAUAAACACUACCGGGAGGUAGUUGCUCGCUUGCGUCGAGAGAAUACCUGUGGAACGAAAGGACGCCAUAAAAGCCCCUUCCAGUCAUCAUCCUGUAGCACUGGAGCUAACCAGACUAGCUUGUUUGGCCUUCCUACAACUCUGACGUCACUCGACAAGUCUAGUUCGAGUGCAGGAUUAUCACAGUCGAUUCCGACGGGUGUCCUCGGUUUACCGUUUGCCACUCGAUCCAGCAAGGCACAUGAGCGACGAAUCAAAGCACUGGAAAAGCAACAUGCCUCAGGCAUCGCUUAUCUGCCUUGUGUGCCCUUCAUUGCAGCCGGUGUGAUGACCCGUCUUAUACAUUUGGAUUUACGACAUCCAGAUACAAUUACCACAAACUCUGGAGCAGUGUUGAUCAACUGCUGGAAACAUCAGCAGUUAGCUGAAGUUGUUGAACGAUAUUUGGCAUUCCAGCGAAUCCCGUACUCAUUUGAGGUGAAGCCGGAUAUUCGGGGACGUCUAGAACAUUUGGACCCUCUUGAAAUGGCUGGAGCUUCUUCUGAAUCGGAAUUCGAGGCUCGCAUGUACGAGUUGUCCAUGGCCUAUGAACCUCGGGAUAGCGAACCUGUCCCGGAAAACCUCGUUUCUGCAAUGACGGCAAUGACCAGCGCAACUGAUUUUGCUGGUACUGGCUUCCAUACUCCGCUGCCAAGUUAUUGUUUGACCUCCCUGGCUCGUUUCCACCGUUCUCGUGGUUGUGCGAAAAGAUCAUUUCGAGGAAGUCGGUCGACUGGCAUACGCAGCACGUGGCCGAGUCAGAGCAACCUAUGCAGUCUGAUCAGUUCAUCCAUCGAGGGUGAGUUAUUUCUUCCGAAUACUAUUCGAUAUACUUCAGCAAUUCGGAUCCGACUCGGACAAUCCUUCGAAGACAUCGAUGGCCAAACACUGAAGGAUCGUCGCCUGUCCAAAGAAGCCAUCGAGGCCUCAAAUUUACUGUCGACUCGUCCAUUGAAAGAGCGUAUGUCGCUUCACUCGAUCUUCAUCUUCGAGGCAGCCAUUCAUUCUGCUUCAACCCGUGGGCGUGGACCGACGAAAUCUCAGUCAAGACAGAGAUCUGUGGCGAAAACAAGUUCCUCGCAGCAAUCAACCUGCUCAGUAGAUUCCUUUGAACAGAGUUCAUACCCACUGCAACCCACGCCUCAUGUACAACAUAGAUAUCUCCCAUUACCCAAUUCAGACGUUGUUGGUAACGCUUCCAGCAUACAAUCUUCAACAUCACCAGGCGGAAUUCAUCAGCACAGUAUGUCCGACAGUUUGGUCCUAUCUUCUCCCAAACGUUUCCCGUUGAAUGUCAGUUCGCCUUCAUAUCAUCAACAGACCCUUUCCGCCGUCGAUAUGCUUAGUCAUCGAGCACUAGAUUUGUCGCCUCCUGUCACACCACUUUGUACAGCUAAUUAUUCCUUUCAUGGUUCUGCUCGAGCUCACUCCAGCCUCCCACCUCCACUGCCUCCUCGUAAGUCUCAAACAGCCGGCGUUACAACGAGGAUCGUUCACAGCCCGAUUCCUUUGGGUUCCACUACCGAUACGACUGUCAUGAGUGCUCCUACUACGCCGCAUGCGAAAAGUGAUUCAGACCCGCGAACACUUCACAUCGUUCAGGGUGACUACUCUCCCCGUCCUCCGCCACUUCCUCCAAGAAUGUCAGGUUUGAAUCGUGCAUGUUUGAAUCAGCCCGGUAAAAGUGGUCGAACCAGUGCGUCUCCAUCACCCAAUUCUGAAGGUGCAUUCGUUUUCAACCUAGAAACACUUGUGAGUCCCAAUUAUCAACCAGACAACAUACCACCGCCUUUACCGCCCCGUCGCACUACUUGCAACGCAGUUAGGCCUCGGAGUAAUGAAAGAUUAGCAAUCGCACCAACUUAG